AGAGUGCAUAUCGGGAAAUAGACACACAAAGACAUGCGCACUCAACUUAAUCAGCCAUUUUUUUAAACAGGGCUAAAACGAUAAUAAUUAGCAGAAUAAAGACAUAUCGGAUUUUCAUUUCCUUUCCUCCGUUUCCCGACCCCUGUCCACAAGAGAAACUGCGAGGCAGCCCGUCGACACGUCGUUUCAACGCCACCGGAACCACAAAAAAAGGGAUAGCUCUCUCGAAAGCGCUUGACAUUUGUGAUUUUACUCCGUUUUCCGUUAUAAAGUUGGAGGAUUAUUGUAAUUUUCCCCGUUUUUCCCACCUUUUGUUGUGUAAUCACGCACGCCGCUGGAUGUGACUGUUUUAUACACGAGCAGAGAGUGGAGCGGAGGUGACGGUUUUGGAGGGGGAAGAAAGUCCCUACUGGGCUGGAUGAGAUGAGAUCCCUAUGUAGUGGUCAUCAUGGCAACUUGUGACUCUCCCCCCAUGGUGUCGUCACGGCAGCAGGAAUAUGGUGGCCAGAGGUUGGAUGCUGCUGCUGAGGACAACUCUGUUGUCUCCAUGGAGUCCAGUGUCACAAACGGCAACAACCAGUCAUUGCCUGCUGCCAUUGGAGAGCCAGACAAUGGCCUCGGAGGAACUGUUGUAAGCCCACUUAGGUCUACUACUACCCCCACCACUGUCAGUGCAACAAUCGACCCUGUAAGUGAGCAGAGUCGAAGAGAAAGCUUUACUACCAGUAACAGAGGGAAUGUUACUGGGACUUUACCAGGAGUAGGAGGAGGAGCAGCUUUGGGUUCGGACUUUUCUGCCCCUGCCACAUCGCCUGUGGCACCGGCAAAGGAGAUCCCCUGCAACGAAUGUUCUAAAUCCUUCUCCAGUUUACAAAAAUACAUGGAGCACCACUGCCCUAAUGCUCGCCUGCCUAUUGCUGGAGAUCAUGAGGAGGAUGAGGAGAUUGAAGGGAUGAUAGAGGAGGAGAGUGAGGAUGAAGGAGAUCGUGAGGUUGGUGCUGCAGAAGUAGGUGAUGUAAACAGUGAGAUGGAGAUGGAAGAGGAUAGUGAUGUGGAGAACCUAUGUGGCGAGAUCAUCUACCAGCCCGAUGGCUCUGCCUUUAUUUUGGAGGACUCCAAAGAGCAGCGUGGCAACCAGGGGGGGCUCUCAGGGGCUCUUCAAUUCAGAGGCCUGUUGUCCCCCCAGACCUUCCCCAAUACAUUGGGCAACAGUGGUCAGAGUGGCCUGAGCCCAGGUGGUGAACGGUUGGAGCAGCCCGCUGCACCCAUGUCCUUCUACCCCCAGAUCAUCAACACCUUCCACAUCGCCUCAUCCCUUGGGAGUAAAUCCCUCACAACCGACCAUCCCUCCUUCCCAAAUACCUCAGUGGGAGGGAUGGCCGGUGCUGGUCCUGUGUUGCACAGUUUUCGUGUUUAUGACCUCCGCCAUAGGAAUGACAAGGACUAUCUGACGGCGGAUGGUGCAGCCAAAAACUCCUGUGUGUCCAAAGAUGUCCCCAACAAUGUGGACUUGUCCAAGUUUGAGGGCUGUGUGGCCGAUGGUCGGCGGAAGCCUGUGCUGAUGUGUUUUCUGUGCAAACUGUCUUUUGGCUACAGCCGUUCCUUCGUUACACACGCUGUUCAUGACCACCGUAUGACCCUGAAUGAGCAGGAACAGAAGCUACUGAGCAACAAGCAUGUCUCUGCCAUCAUCCAGGGCAUCGGCAAGGACAAAGAACCUCUUAUAAGCUUUUUGGAACCAAAAAAACCCCCAAACGCUGUGCUACCCCACUUUCCCUCACCUGCCAACUUCCUAGGGCCAGACACGGGGCUCCGAGGCUUGUGGAAUGCUUUCCACAGUAGUGGGGAGAGUACAGAUUGUUUUCAGGCAGGCUUUGCCUUUUUGAAGGGCAGUGCUAGCAGCUCAUCUUCUGACCAAAACCCCAGAACCCAAAUCAUGCCAAAGGCUGAGACCAACCCAAACCUCGGGGGAGGGGCUGGCACCCACAGAAACCCUAGUGGGAGUUCUGCUGCUGCUGCCGUUGGUGGUAGCCUGGAAAGUCUGAACUCUGAUAGUGACUGCAAAGGCCACGUUAGGGACACAUGCACUUUGCAACCCAAUGGGCUGGACCUGAGCCAAUACCCGCCUAUUAAGCGGGAGCCUGGUACAAUGGGAGAAGAAAGUCCAGAACAGGAUGAGGACACUUACUCAAUUUGUGGAGGAGUAGAAAUGGAGGCAAAUGAGGAGGAGGAGGAACAGGCCAUGACCAUGUCUGUGACAGGCCAGGAAGCCAACUGCACCAGUAGCAAAGAUUUCCCUCGCUUAAACCAAAGUAUUUCCCCCCUUUCCAACAGUGUGCUUAAGUUAAACAGUGACAGUAAAGGCCCUGUGUCCACCUCCUCUUCCUCCCUGCCUGUGUCUGAGAAGCUGGAGAUGGAGAAGAGCCUUUUAUCCAAUGCCCUGGCAGCUGCCAGAGAGCGGGAGAGCAGCAAUGAUUCUACAAGUGAAGGCCUGUUAGGACGCGAUGGGACGUCACCAUCUUCUAUCCCGAUUGACAUGAUGAUGCGCAGAGAUGAUGAGAGUCCUGGGCCUCUACAUCAAAACACAGGAAAUCCUAGUACGCCUGGAACGCCAGGAACUCCUGGCACCCCUGGACCAGGUGAAGGAUCCCCAGGCAGUGGGGUGGAGUGCCCCAAAUGUGACACAGUCUUGGGAUCGUCACGGUCACUAGGAGGGCACAUGACAAUGAUGCAUUCACGUAACUCAUGCAAGACGCUGAAGUGUCCAAAGUGUAAUUGGCAUUACAAGUACCAGCAAACACUGGAUGCUCACAUGAAGGAAAAGCACCCAGAAUCUGGUGGAUCAUGUGUGUACUGCCGCACAGGACAACCUCACCCUCGUUUAGCUAGAGGCGAAAGCUAUACCUGUGGAUACAAGCCUUUCCGCUGUGAGGUAUGCAAUUACUCAACCACCACCAAAGGAAACCUUAGCAUCCACAUGCAGUCGGACAAGCAUUUGAACAAUGUGCAAACCCUCCAGAAUGGUGGUACUGAGGCACAGUUCAACCAUAACCAUACCAACCCUGUACCCACUGCAAGCCUUGGUGGAGGCUGUGGUGCACCCUCACCCUCCAAGCCCAAACAGAAACCCACUUGGCGUUGUGAGGUGUGCGACUACGAGACCAACGUGGCACGGAACUUACGAAUCCACAUGACCAGCGAGAAGCACAUGCACAACAUGAUGCUGCUGCAACAGAACAUGAAGCAGAUCCAGCACAGCCUCCAUCUGGGCCUGGCCCCGGCAGAGGCAGAGCUGUACCAGUACUACCUGGCUCAAAACAUGGGCCUCGCUGGAGUAAAACUGGAGAGCCCGGCUGGCAAUGGUGGACCAGAUGCCCAGAUGAUGAUUAACCCCUUUCAGUUAGAUCCAGCAACUGCUGCCGCUCUUGGAUCCGGGCUAGUGAAUAAUGACCUAUCAGCAGAGUUGCGUCUUGCCAGCGGCCAGCUGAUAGCAGACGACCUAUCCAUGGUAUCCUCAGGUGGAAUGGGGGGCAUGUCUUCAGCAGACCCCUCCCUCUCCUCCUUGUCGCCACCUAUCAGUGACCCCUCGCUGCGCCUCUACCAGUGUGCUGUGUGCAACUGCUACUCCACAGACAGCCUAGAGGCUCUCAACACUCACAUCAAUGCGGAGCGCUCCCUGCCUGACGAGGAGUGGCGCUGCGUGGUGGGUGAUGUCUACCAGUGCAAGCUCUGCAGCUACAACACUCAGCUCAAGGCCAACUUUCAGCUGCACUGCAAGACAGACAAGCACAUGCAGAAGCACCAGCUGGUGGCCCACAUCAAGGAGGGAGGCAAGGCCAACCAGUGGAGAUUAAAGUGUGUGGCCAUUGGCAACCCUGUGCACCUCAAGUGUAACGCCUGUGACUACUACAGCAACAGCGUGGAUAAACUGAGAUUACAUGCUACCAACCAGAGGCAUGAGUCUGCCAUCCGUCUCUACAAGUACUUGCAAAAGCUGGACAGCACCUACAGCCAAGAGUCAUGCGUCUACCACUGCACUUUGUGUGACUACUCCACCAAAGCCCGCCUCAACCUGGUGCAGCAUGCCCGUUCAGCCCGCCACCAGCAGAACGAGGGGCUGAGAAAACUACAAAUGCACCAGCAAGGCCUGGGAGGGGAUGACGAUGGACUGAGCCUCCAUGAGCUGUUUCAUGUCAAGGAGUGUCCCAGCAGUUCAGAAGAAACUGCUGAGGAUGGCGAGAGACCUCCACGUUCCUCCUCCAGGGCUGCACUCAACCUGACUGACCGAGAGCUGACUGACAGCAAGAGGACUGACCGUGGGGGUGCCAUGUCUAAAGAGGUGACUAGGCCAAACGCUACAGUUAAACAUUCCCUCCUGCCAGAUCGACAAAUUGAGAGUCCACCCAAAAGGCCAAAGUCUGCUGAAGGGAAAACCUCUAGCAACGACCAGAUUCAGCAAUGUCCGUAUUGCAACUAUAGCAGUAAAGAUGCCAACCGCAUGCAGCUCCAUGUGAUGUCCCAGCAUUCCAUGCAGCCAGUGAUUCGCUGUCCACUAUGCCAGGACGUCCUAAGCAACAAAAUUCACUUGCAGCUGCAUCUUACGCAUCUUCAUAGCGUGGCUCCUGAUUGUGUGGAGAAGCUGAUUAUGACGGUUGUUGGACCUGAAACAGCCACUACAAAUAGUGUAAUGCACCCCCAGACGGGACAAGGAAAAAUGGUGUCUUUAAUGGAUUCUCCCACUUCUCUUACUGAUAGAUCUGGACAUUUUCAAGGAAAUGUUUUAAAGGACGAGUUGAGCAGUCAAGACAAGAAUGAAUUAGACCAGCAAGGUGAAGAACUCAAGCCCCCAAAGGAGGCCUCUGAAGCUCCUGACUGGAAGAGAGCUGCUGGGCUAGGACAUGACAGCAAAUCACCUGAAAACCUACAAGACCACCUCAGUGAGCUCCAAAAACUCCAUCAGCAACAACAGCAGCUCUCUGUAUCUGAUCGCCAUGUCUACAAAUAUCGCUGCAACCACUGCAGCUUGGCAUUUAAGACCAUGCAGAAGCUACAGAUACAUUCUCAGUACCAUGCUAUCCGGGCAGCCACUAUGUGCAGCCUUUGCCAACGAAGCUUUAGGACUUUCCUGGCCCUCAGGAAACAUUUGGAGAAUGGACAUCCUGAACUUACUGAAGCUGAGGUACAACAAUUAAUUGGAAAUCUGCCAUUAAAUGGUGAUAUCACUGAGAGUGAGGCCAGGGCCUUAGAGGAAGCUCAGGCUUUUGAACAUGACUUGGACAAAGAUGAUGAAAUAGAUCAAGAAGAAAAACCCAGUCCUACAGGAAGUGACAGUAGCUCUCUACUGGAUGAUUUGGGGGCAGAACCAAAACGAACCUUGCCAUUUAGAAAAGGGCCCAACUUUACAAUGGAGAAAUUUUUGGAUCCCUCUCGACCUUAUAAGUGCACAGUAUGUAAAGAGUCAUUUACCCAGAAAAACAUCCUUCUGGUGCACUAUAAUUCUGUUUCACACUUGCACAAAUUAAAAAAGGUCCUUCAAGAGGCUUCAAGCCCUGUCCCACAGGAAACAACUAACAGCACUGACAACAAGCCAUUCAAGUGCAGUAUUUGUAAUGUUGCUUACAGCCAAAGCUCAACACUUGAAAUUCACAUGAGGUCAGUACUCCACCAGACCAAAGCCAGAACUGCCAAAACUGACACAGGCAGCAGCAGUACCACUGGAUGCAGUGGUCCAGCACCUGCAAAAAGUCCAGGCCCAAGUGCACAAGGAAAUGCUAGUAUUUCAGAAACUGCUAGAAGUGGGACACCAUCCUCUAACAAAGAAAAUAAUGUAGAACCCAAAGAAUCCAUGAGCAACACUACAAAACAAACUUCUACUACAGACCAUGUUUCAGCACAGGCAAACACCCACCAGUCAGCACAGUCCUCAAGCCAGCUGCAGCUACAGCUUCAGCAUGAACUCCAGCAACAGGCUGCCUUCUUCCAGCCUCAGUUCCUGAACCCAGCUUUCUUCCCACAUUUUCCAAUGACCCCAGAAGCAUUGCUACAAUUUCAGCAGCCUCAGUUCCUCUUCCCCUUCUACAUACCAGGAGCAGAAUUCAGUAUUAAUCCAGAACUUGCGCUCCACUCAGCAGCAGCUUUUGGGAUGCCAGGUCUUACAGGAUCGUUCCUUGAGGACCUGAAGCAACAGAUGCAACAGCAACACCAAUUACAACAGGCUCAAGCCCAACAGCAGGCUCAGCAACAACAACAGAAUCAAGCUUCCCAUAUACAGACACAAAUCCAGCAGCAGAAACACCAGCAACUUCAGAACCACAAAUCCAAACUAGAAUCUAAUCAUGUGUCAGUUUCAGAACGGCAGUUGUCAGUGGAGGCAGAAGAACGCUUAGAAAAACAAGAAAGCAGGGCAAAGAUGGAAACGGGAGGAGAUUCUGUGAGUGAUGGAGUAAAAGACAAAGAUGCUAAAAAGUCCAAAUUCCCAGAGCCACUGAUUCCUCCCCCACGGAUUGUAUCAGGAGCAAGGGGUAAUGCAGCCAAAGCUUUAUUAGAGAAUUUUGGAUUUGAGUUGGUCAUUCAGUACAAUGAAAACAGACAGAAAAACCAAAAGAAAAACAAGGAUGGAGUAGAACAAGUGGAGAUGAACACUGAUAAGCUUGAGUGUGGGAUGUGUGGAAAACUAUUCUCUAAUAUGCUCAUUCUUAAAAGCCAUCAGGAGCAUGUGCACAGUCAUUUUUUUCCAUAUGUUGAACUUGAAAAGUUUGCUCAACAGUACAGAGAGGCAUAUGACAAACUCUAUCCAAUAAACCCUGCUUCACCUGAAACUCCUCCACCUCCACCACCACCACCUCCUCCUCCUCCACCACCUCCUAGUGCUCCAGCUCCUGUAUCGGCUCCUCAGCCUCCUUCUUCUUCAAUGACUAAGCCUCAAACACCAGCACCUUCUCCAGUUCCUGUUGCACAUCAGACAGCACAUCAACCUUCUAUCCAAACCCAGCCACCUCAGCCCCCACCCCCACCUCCACCACCUACUGCUCCACCUGCACCACCUCAAGUCCAGCUUCCCGUCCCUUUAGACCUGCCCCUUUUCCCACCUUUAAUGAUGCAGUCUGUCCAACACCCAGGCUUGCCUCCUCAGCUAGCUUUGCAGCUACCUACUAUGGACUCACUUUCUUCAGACCUUACACAACUCUGCCAGCAGCAGUUGGGUCUUGAUCCUAACUUCCUUCGCCAGUCUCAAUUUAAGCGACCACGCACCCGUAUAACUGAUGAGCAGCUUAAGAUUCUUCGUGCAAACUUUGAUAUCAACAAUUCUCCCAAUGAAGAGCAAAUUCAAGAGAUGUCAGAGAAGUCUGGUUUGCCUCAAAAAGUCAUAAAGCACUGGUUUCGUAACACUCUUUUCAAAGAAAGGCAGAGGAGUAAAGACUCACCAUACAAUUUUAACAUUCCUCCUAUUACUACAUUGGAAGAUAUUAGAAUGGAGCCUCAGGUCAGUGCACAUGAGUACUAUAGAACUGACUCAGCCCUGAACAAGAGGUCCUCUAGGACCAGAUUCACUGAUUACCAAUUGAGGGUACUUCAAGAUUUUUUUGACACUAAUGCCUACCCAAAGGAUGAUGAGAUUGAGCAGCUUUCAACUGUACUCAAUUUACCAACACGUGUCAUUGUGGUGUGGUUUCAAAAUGCCCGCCAGAAAGCUCGUAAGAGCUAUGAGAACCAGGCAGAUUCUAAAGACAAUGAGAAAAAAGAGUUGACCAACGAGCGAUACAUCAGAACCAGCAACAUGCAGUACCAGUGUAAAAAAUGCAACAUUGUGUUCCCACGUAUCUUUGACCUUAUCACUCACCAGAAAAAACUCUGCUAUAAGGAUGAAGAUGAGGAAUGUAAUGAAGACAACCCUUGUGAGGAAUACAUAGAUAAUUCUGAACACAUUUCCAUCAAGGGUAUUCACCUACCUUUAGAGUUAACAAAACAAUUCCAAACAGGAACUUCCACCAGUUCUGGAUCAAGCUCACCUGUGAUGGCCUCUCCCCAUACUUCAAUGGGAAAAACUUCCCCUAAGCCAGAUUUUGGAAGUGAAACAGAACUGAAACAAGCUGAGACAUCCCCCUCACCAGUAGUUAAGUCACUACCAGAACCAAGACCAUCUAAAGCUUGCACACCUCAACCACCUCCUCAGAAAGUCCCUCAACCACAGCUGUCAAGACCGCAUUCCCAACCUCAGGCAGCUACAGUGCCCUCAAGUCCACUUUCCCUGGCACUUUCCUCACUCACAAACAGUCUGCCCCACCAAUUACUUCAGUACCAGUGUGAACAGUGUAAAAUUGCAUUCCCUAGUGUGGAGCUAUGGCAGGAGCACCAGCACAUGCAUUUCUUGGCUGCCCAGAACCAAUUUCUUCACUCUCAGUUCCUUGAAAGACCCAUUGAUAUGCCUUAUAUGAUAUUUGAUCCCAACAACCCCCUAAUGGCUAGCCAAUUAUUAUCUGGGGGGCUCACCCAAAUGCCCUCCCAGGGUAGCUCUAGUAUGGCCUCAGCCACAGGCUCUGGCACAAUGAAGAGAAAAUUAGAUGAUAAAGAGGACAAUGCUAAUGAUAAAGAUGGUGGAAACAGUAGUGAAGAGCAACACAGAGAUAAACGUUUGAGAACUACCAUCACACCAGAACAAUUAGAAAUCCUUUAUGACAAAUAUCUUCUUGACUCUAACCCAACCAGGAAGAUGCUGGACCACAUUGCACGAGAGGUUGGUUUAAAAAAGAGAGUUGUGCAAGUGUGGUUCCAAAACACUCGUGCAAGAGAGAGAAAGGGACAGUUCAGGGCUAUAGGGCCCUCCCAGUCCCACAAGAAAUGUCCAUUUUGCAGAGCAUUGUUUAAGGCUAAAUCUGCACUAGAUAGCCACAUACGAUCGAGACACUGGCAUGAGGCUAAGCAGGCAGGCUUUAGCCUGCCGCCAAGUCCAAUGAUGAAUCAAGACAAUGAAAGAGGGGAAAGUCCAAAUAAGUAUAAUUUCUUUGACUACCCACAGCUGCCUACUAAGACUGAGCCAAAUGAGUAUGACCUGCCCGCUGCAUCCUCAACUCCAGUCAAACCAUCUGAGGCACAAGUAAAAAACUUCUUAAGCCCUUCAUCCUUAAAAGCUGAAAAUUGUGAUGAAUCUGAAGGGCCUAAUAAUAAUUCAGCAGAAACUUCCUCUUAUGAUCUCAUUAAGAUGGACUUUGAUGAGACAUCAUCAAUUAAUACAGCCAUCAGUGAUGCUACAACUGGUGAUGAGUGUAAUAACAAUGAGGUUGAGAGUCUAACUGCCAAUGGGGGAGACAAGCUUAGUGACAACAAAAAAGGUCUGGUGCCAAAUUUUGAUGGUGUAAAUGAUAGGUUCCAGUUCAGUAUGGUGAGCCCUGCACUCAGCUUUUCUGGAAAAGACUGUGACUCUUACUUUAGCUCCAGAGAUGAUGAAAUGGAUGAAAACAAUGACAUGAGUGAAUCAUCAAGCCUUGCUGAUCCCAGUUCUCCUAGUCCCUUUGGAGCAGGUAACCCUUUCAACAAAUCUGGAAAAGCCAACAACGGUGGGGAGCGGCCAGGCCACAAACGUUUCAGGACCCAGAUGAGUAACCUUCAACUUAAAGUACUCAAAGCCUGUUUUAGUGACUAUCGCACACCUACAAUGCAAGAGUGUGAGAUGCUGGGCAAUGAGAUUGGACUUCCAAAACGUGUUGUCCAGGUGUGGUUUCAGAAUGCCCGUGCAAAAGAAAAAAAAUUCAAGAUUAACAUUGGAAAGCCAUUCAUGAUAAGUCAAGGUUCACCAGAUGGACCCAGAACUGAGUGCACACUGUGUGGUGUAAAGUACACUGCCCGAAUGUCUGUUAGAGACCAUAUUUUCUCUAAACAGCACAUUGCAAAAGUGCAAGAAACUUUAGGAAAUCAGGUGGAUAGAGAAAAGGACUACCUAGCACCGACCACUGUACGUCAGCUGAUGGCUCAACAAGAGAUUGAUCGUAUGAAAAAAGUUGGUGAAGGACUCAGUCUGCCUAGCCAGCAGCAACAGACUUCAGUGGAUAACAACAGUGCACUACAUGGACUCAGCCUACCCUCAGGCUAUCCAGGGUUGUCUGGCCUUCCACCAGUGUUACUACCUGGAGUAAACGGACCAUCAUCUCUUCCUGUUUUUCCACCCAAUACACCUGCUUUAGCGUCUCCUGGUGCUGGCAUGCUUGGGUUCCCUACACCAGCCACCCCCUCUCCUGCCAUGUCUCUCAGCACUACCCCAACCAAGACUAUUCUGCAGACUCCUCCUCCUCCUCCUCCACCUCCUCUUCCUCCUCCUGUUCCCUCCACACCUUUGGCAACCGUAAACCAUACAGAGCAGCAAGGUAAAGACUCAGAGAGAGGCAGUGUCAAGAAACCGGGAGACAAGCCACUUCAAAUGAAGGUAAAGGACAGAGAGAAUGAGAGCGGCUCACGCCCAGACACCCCCAGCAUGGCCAAAACAAGAGAAAAACAAAGUCAAGCACCAGGGAAACCAGGAAGUGAAACUUCCUUGGAUGCUUCACAGCUUCAAGCACUUCAGAAUGCUCUUGCUGCAGGUGAUCCCAGCUCUUUUCUGGGGGGACAGUUCUUGCCCUAUUUUCUCCCUGGAUUUCCCAAUUGCUUUACUCCACAGCUUCCCAGAGGGGUUCAGACUGGGGGCUAUUUUCCACCAUUGUGUGGAUUAGAAAGCCUGUUUCCAUAUGGGCCAGCAGCGGUUCCACAAGCUGCCAUGGCUGCGGGUCUCUCCCCAACUGCUCUCCUGCAACAGUACCAGCAGUACCACCAGUCCCUCCAGGAUUCACUGCAAAAGCAACAGCAACAGCAGCAGAAACAACUUGAGAAGCAGCAGAAACAGCUUGAACAGCAGCAGCAACAUCAACAGAGACCAACCCCCAUGAAAACACCUCAGAGCAUACAGAGCACUACAACCAACUCCUUCAAACCAAAAGAAGCUGUAGAAGCUAAGGAUGACAACAACCAAGGCUCUUCAAAAGAAAGCACAAAAGAAGAACCGAAAUUAGAAACCAAAAGUACUAUGGACUUUCCAGAUGCUUUUAUUGUACCAUCUGUCAAGCAUGAGUUUAUAUGUAGGAAGUGCCAGAUGAUUUUUGCUGAAGAAGAUUCAGUGGUACGUCAUCAGAAGUCCUUCUGUUACUUUGGACAUCCUUUUCCUGACCCGCAAGAAACAGUGCUUCGAAAGGCAGUGAGCAACUACACUUGUGUUGCCUGCAAUGUGGUUGUUAAUGGGAAUGAAGCACUUGGCCAACACCUUCAGUCGAGCUUGCACAAAGAGAAAACAAUCAAACAAGCAAUGAGAAAUGCCAAAGAGCAUACUAGAUUAUUACCUCACUCUGUUUGCUCCCCUACUCCUAACACCACAUCUACCUCGCAGUCUGCAGCUUCUUCUAAUAACACCUUUCCUCAUCUCUCUCGCUUGUCCAUGAAGUCCUGGCCAAAUGUCCUGUUCCAGGCCACCACAGCCCGGAAAGCUGCUUCCUCUUCCCCGUCUGCUUCCCCUCCUCCUCCCCUCUCCUCACCCUCAACGGUUACCUCAACUUCCUGCAGCACCUCAGGGGUUCCAACCUCACUACCCGCCGAGAGUUGUUCAGAUGAGUCUGACAAUGAGCUAAGCCAGAAGCUGGUUGACUUAGAUAAUGCGUUGGAAGUCAAGGCUAAGACUGCCUCUGGCCUAGACGCAAGCUUCAGUAGUAUCAGAAUGGAUAUGUUCAGUGUGUAGGUGUGACAAAAGGAUCCCUUGCUUAAAGAAAAAAAUAAGACUUUUUAAACUGCAGUUCCAAAGUUUCUCUUAACCCAAAAAAAUUACAGUACCAAAUGAUUGACUCAGGAUUGUUUUUCCCAUAUUGAUAUGCUGGCAAGAUAUUGAUUGAUUUUUGUUAUGGACAGAACUGUUGCAGAUGCUUGACUGAGCUUAUAUUGUAUACAAAAACAUGGAGAAGGAAAAAAUCUCACAAGUUCCCUUGGGGAGCUUGUUUCAAGCCAAAAACUCUCACGAUAGUAAAUUGCACCUCAGCUGGAUUGUUUUCCAAAUGCUAGCAUGUACUGUAUGGGAUGACGAUCCAGAACCCUCAAAGAGAAUCUCUCUUAGUUUAGAUAGGUGUAAUUCAGUAGCUUUAAAUUCUCAGGUCAGAACAUAACAUUUCUCAUUUGUUAAAGCAGCACCAAGCCUGGGUACACUUGGCUUAUAACCAAAACAUGUCAAGCUUUAUCGGACGCAUUUCCUUGAUGUGUAUAGAGUACCAAGAGACAAUAUUACUGUUACAAUGGACAAUGUGCAUAUCCUUUUAGUUUUGCCCUACAAAGACAGUAUGGUUUUGCCACUGAGGGAAUUUAGAAUGGUGAAGUAAUUGUGUAUGAUGCCCCUGUGUUUGCCAGUUUGUAUUACAACAAGCUGUAUCUAUUUCCCACCCACCCACCUUUUUUUUUUUUCUUGUAGUAUACUAAUCUGUGCCAACACUUACCUUCUCACUUGUACCUCUGCUCACACCCUUUUCUGAAGAGGUAAUAACUCUAGUUUUGAUAGACUUUCUCGGAUUAUGUGAAUAUAACAUUUUUCAUUUGUGAAUUGCUGUACUGUUAUGGUACCUGCUUGUGUCUGAACUAUAGUGCACUUAAUUUGUUUUUAUGUCUUAUUAUUAUUUGAG